AGCUGUGAAUGGUGAAAUUCUAGUUUGCGUAGUAUUGUAAUGCUCUAAGGAUUCUGGGUUCGAAUUCUAUGUCAAGCAACUGAGAUUUAUGGAAGUUUUUCAAUUUGAAAAAGUUUGUGGCGUCGUAGCUGAGCAAAUAUUUGCGUGUGAGAAGAAAUUAUCAACUUCUACGCUCCUUUUUACUGUCCAGUUUCUUAUACAAUAGUAUAUGUGUAUUUUAGGGGUUUUAGGAAGUCAAUCGCCUAAAGGAAACCAGACCGCCAAGCUGAACUAAUUUAGCAAACGUGAAGUGAGUAAUUGAUGUGAAACAAGUAAAUGCGUAGGAGUAUAAGUGGUUUGAAAAUAUUAGAACAUAGUAACUGAGUUAGAUACAAUGAGGUGGUACCUCUGUAUCAUAGACAAGAUAAUAUAUUCUUAAUGAUAGAAUAUUUGUAUCCGCCCGGAUCGCGACUGUACACAAGGUGUAACACCCGCCAUAGUGACUAACGUAAAUGUGCCGCGUUCCAAAAUCAUUGUAAUUAUUUCCAGUUUCAAACAGACCGGCAUAAUUUUGUCAACUGGCCAAAGGUGAUCAUCUCUUGUCAGGCGACAAUCUGUCAAAACCGAACUCCAUUAACCCUCAGAUGCAGUCGAAAUACCUUCCCGUAUAAAAGAAAUAAAAGUAAAGUUGCGGCUUAUUGUUUCUAAUUGAGAAGGCCCAAACACCGUUAAUUUGUCAAUUCCUGGAAUGAAUCCUCUUCCUUUCUCAUAAGGCCGACAACGGAUUCACGAUUCAAAAAUGACUCAAUGGAUGCAAUAUCAAGUGUAAUGUGUCCAAAACAAUAUCUGUUCAUAAACUAACGCUAGAAUUCUUGACAGAUACAAUAAUAAUGAAUAAAUUCCCUCAUCUAUACCGCUGUUAUGUAGAACAUUGCAAGAUUCGAUCGUAUUACGUACCAAUAUCGUAAUUGUAGUUGCUUUCAUAAUGUCGUUGGUACACAGUUGUUUUUCACCACAAUUCACAUGACAAUCAAAAUGGAUGAAUUUUUACACCAUAUUUCGUAUUGCUUUAAUUAUGCUCUUUAUUUGUAUUGGGUGCAUAAUUAAUUAUAGUGCUAAAGUAGAAAUGAUUAUGAAGUAAAGUGUUUAACACUUCGUGCUGAUCGUGUGAAUUUUCUACUAUAUUCAUUCGCCUAGUUUUAUUUAAUAGCAACUAUUAAGACAUCUUCAAUAUGCUCUAGUGGAAGUGAAUUUUAUAUUUUGUUUAUUUUCCCGAGUUUAAUGCGGAAUACGAUAUCCAGUUCGGGUAAAUAAAAAUAAUACCUACAUUCUAUGAUAUUUAGACUAUCCAGUGUUGUUGAAUAUUCAAACAAUGAAGUAAAGUUGUCACUUCAUUCUGAUUUAAUAAAUGAGGUCUUUUGUAAGGAACAAUAUUUGAAACAAUUAGGGUAGUUUUGAAAAACACACAUCGCGCCUUUAUUUUAGACGUGGGAGGCAGAGGUACAACUAGGGCUGCCAUUUUUUGCUGUGACUUAAUAUAAAUGUGCAUGUAAAUAAAACAAAUAAACAGUUUUAAAAAAGGGUGUAAAACAGCGCGUUUCCUUGCGUACAAACAACUUACUUUUGAUGUUCUGGAUAUUUUUAGAAUAAUAACAGUCUGGCUUUUGACGUCGUUAUCCACCUGGCGUGUCAAAUAGUAAUAUAAAUUAUUUUGCGGUAUAUCCAGUAACCCUCCCUUAACUAUUGCGCUGUUAAAACAAUAGAAGAAAAAGCCAAUAAACUUAAACAAGAUAAAAGCAUCAAAUCAAAAACACAUUGAUAGACUUAAAUAAUCAAAUCAGUGAGCAAUAAAAUGCAGCGUGAGAACUCGCCCAAUGGGGGGUAAACAUUCACCAACUUGCACCCACUUGCCGCUCAAAGACGGCCUGACUGCGGCCAGAGGACCACAGUGCGUUUCCGUGUCGCGUGUGUCAAUGUUGCUUUGAGAUGUUGUGCUUCGUGAUAUUCGUGUGCCUCGCCUCCUGGGUGCAAGCUCAGAACGGUAGAGGGCCACAGCAUUUGGACCAUAAUGGGCACGGAUGGGACAUUCGUCUCGCAGUUCCUGGUAAUCCUGGAAAUGAUUACCCCACCCUUGGAACCAUACCACGGACGACUUUCUCCUGCGCUGGCAGGGAACCAGGAUAUUACGCUGACAUCGAGACAAAUUGUCAAGUAUUCCGCGUGUGCACCGUCGGGUCUACGUACGGCUUCCAAUCAUUCUUGUGCCCAAAUGGAACUUUAUUCAACCAAGCGGUAUUCGUGUGUGAUUGGUGGAUGAACGUCAACUGUCAAAAUUCUGAAAAACUGUUCACGUUCAACAAUGAUCAAUUUGAGAAUCUCCGCCUCGGUCCGCAACUCAUGAAAGAUAUUAAGAAAAUGCUUACACAUCCGAUGCGAAAUCCCUACGAUAAAGCGGCAAUGAAAGCUAAUGUAAUCGUGAUGCAAGAUUAUAAACCUCCUGCGGGUCAGUUAUUCCCUAAUGAAGCCUUAAUAGCAGGGCCAGAAAGGGCUCCGAAUAACGUAUAUGUACCCAAACAAAAUUUAAUUCAAAAUGUUUACAAUAGUGAAAACGCAUACUAUGGUUCAACUGUAGAGCCUAAAUAUGUGCCAACAGCAUUCACAACAAUCAGACCCACGACAUACAGAGACAGUGAAUUCUUCCAAAGGCAAAUACAGUAUGAUCAAAGCAAUAGAUUACAAAGCACACAGAGAACGCCCGCCGCAAUAAUUUCAAAUGGACAUACCGGACAAUUUGCACAAUACCAAAAUUCAGCUUAUACAAACAGCAAUACACAAUUACAACGACCUAUACAAAAUAACAACGUGAGGAAUGCCCAAUACAACCAAAGGCAAUCGUCCAUAACAGGAAAUUCUCAAACAAGCAAUUUACAAAACUUUCAACAAGAACAAUUUAAUAGGCAGCUACAAAACGAUAAUAGAAAAGCAUCAUACACAAAUAGUAUUAGACAACAGACCAGCCUUUCCUUUCCAAAACCACAAUUUAACAACACACAAAACAAGUUCAAUCAGCAGAUCAAAAGUACACCAUCUCAAAAAAAUACUCUUGAAUUGGCAGAAGAAGCACGUAAAGAAGUAAAACAAGAUGUGGCAUUGGUAUUCUCGCUGCUUGCCGACUCCAUCAAUGCAGCUAAAGAGUACAGUAAUUACGCACAACGAGAAGUACUGCAAUCUACAUCAGCAACACCAUUAACUCAAUACCGCAGCAACCAAGAUGUUACACAAAUUUCCAACCAAAUAUCGCAAUUGACAGCAUCACAGUUUGCAAACAAUAAUCGUAUUCCGAAUAUAAUAACCCCAUCGUCACCAUUGAUACAAGAAAAUCAAAUAAGAAGUAAUUCAGUAUACGCAGACAACCAAUUAAAUCAAGUUCCACAAAUACCCACACAGUUCAGUAACGCACAGCAGUCUCAACUUCAGAGAAACUAUUAUUCAACACAAUUUCAACCAAAUACAAACACUUUAAAUGCCAAUCUAUUGGACAACAAUAACCAGAUAUACAGCGGGCAACUCUACCAGUUUCCUGUACCUGAUGUCACUAACCAAAUAUAUAACAGACCUUUUACUGGCAAUCUCGUACAAUCGAACAAUAUUCCGACAACAAAUUUACAACCAUCAAACACAUUACAGCUAACCAAUAUAAAUAGGAAUGUAGAACUGAGAAAUCAAGCGCCGACAGCAGUCCAAAUUGUUCCAUCGCAAACUUUGCCAUUCAAUUCAGUCAAACUACAGGCGGAGCAAACCAAGCAGACGGAACCGUUUAAUCAAGAAAGCAUUACGAAUUUACUUAACACCGGUAAUGGAAUAUCUGCACAAUUACGAGACCGAAUUAUUGGAACAAUACCUCAUCCUGCAGAGGACAACAAACUGGUAACAUAUGAAAAAGAUCAAUCGUAUUACUUCACUUCAAACCUAAAUGGCAAACCAUCUACUGAUAUUAGAAACAAUGCAAUAACAUCUAACACCAUCGAGACACAAAGUUCAAAUAAUGCUAAUGGUAAAUUCCCGGAUCUUUUAACAUUCCAAUUCAUACCGUCAGUUAGUUAUGAAUUAGAAGACAAGAAAGAACAGCAGCAAAUUUUAGACGCAUUCCAAAUAGACGAAUUUGGAGCUCCAAGAGAUGUGGUGAAUUCAAAUCUAAUUCAGAAUGCUGAUCAAGGGCGCAAUUUGCAAACAAAUAAUGUAGGUUAUUCAGCCAACCAGGUUGUUUCAGCAAAACAAAUCGAUGAUAAUAACAAUAAUAUCAGUCCAUUAUACGACGGCCCAUCUUCGUAUUUAGCUCCGCAAUCAUCUGUUGGCAACUUGCGAUCUCAGCCAGAGACAGUUCAGAAUAACUUAAAUUCUAGACUUGAGGACUUCGAUGAAGAUAGUAGUAAUGGUUAUCCAAAGACACGACCUACGCGCGAGUUCACAUUUUAAAUAGUUGGCAUAGUUAUGUGUAGUAAUUUAAGUUCUGUGUAGUUCAUAAAAUAUUUACCAAAUGAAAGCCGCUUACUUAUAAGUUUUGUAGAAGUGUAAUUUGUUACACAUAAUUGUAAAUAAAUUAAUUUAAUUUUAAGCUUAAGUUUAUUACUAUAAUAAAAAUAUACAAAUUAAAUUCG